GCAAUAAUCAAAUCAAAACGAACGGACAGAAAAUGCAAAUAAACAUGCUCAUACAAGUAUUGCUCAGCGUAACAGUUUGCUGGGUAGGAACGCACGCGGCGCCAGCACCACAGGACUUUCAAAAGACGGCUCUUACGAUGGCCAAUCAAAUGAAGGAGAUGGUGGAAAAUGGUGUAGCGACAGCCGGUGAGCAAAUACAAUUUAUGAGUUCUAAGGUAAACGAUGCUGUGGCAGUCGGUUAUGGUGAAGUUAUGAAGAUGCCUGCAGGUGGUAGACGUAAGCGUGAAAUCGAUUCACAAGCAUUGGGUGCAGGUAACUCGAUGAGUGCUGAAUCAGAUUAUUCCAAUGAAUCAGAUUUGAUUUAUUCGGGGGAGUCUCUGAGUGAUGAACAACGCAAGAAGACGGGCCGCGGCACCCGAUAGUGGGUCACGAAGCAGCUCAUCACAAUCUUCGUCCUCGUCGUCGUCAUCAUCAUCUUCGUCACAUUCUUCGUCGAGUGAAUCCGAUGACCAUUAAGGAACUAAAUGACGUGUGCGAAUCAUUAAGUGUCAAAUAAAAAGAUGCUGAAG